AUGAAUGGAUCGGAACAACCGAUUGCGUGGGGAGAAAAAAAAAACAGGACACGAGAUACUCCAGGACAGCAACGAAGUCAGUCGAUUCCAGAUUCAGAAUUAUUAACUACAUCGAAAUCACAAACAACCUCAUCUCAGGUUAAUGACUCAAAAGCAACCAUUGAAGAAGAAUUUGAAAAAGAGUUUAAGGGCGAAAUACGUUUUGCUGUGAUAAGUAAUGAAUCGUCACCUGCAAAAUUGGCCACUGCUUUACCUAACGAACAAAUGACAGGGGCAACGACACCAACGAAUGAUAUCGAGAAAGUUCAGGUUAAUCCAGAAAAUGAUGCUAAGACAGCAGUGUUAGUCAUUGCCUCAGCACCAUCGGCAGGGUAUGAUGACGAGGAAAAAAAGAAAUCAAAAAAAAGAAAGGACCAACGAAAGGACAAGAAAGCAGUGUUACUACUGCCUGCUGUCGUUACAAGAACAGAAGGAGAAAUAAAAGUUUCCGCACUAAGUAAAACUCAGGUCGACGACUUCGCUAAUAGUACGAACACUGUCAACAAGACGAGAUAUAAUUCUAAAAUACAAAAUACCGAGAUCGAAAAAACAAAUGCAACAGAGGUCAUCGGUAUAGAAGUGGAUGAUAGAAAAGAGAUGGACAAAGCAACGGAUGUGACGAGCAUUAAAGAAGCUGAGUCGACAGUUUCUAAUGACUACGAUGAUUUGUUCACAUUAAAAAAUCUUGGACGUAAAAUUCCGAUGAAAUCAGCAGUUCAUACAUUAAAUAAAGAUGUGCUGAAAAAAGAUGUUGCUGAAGAAACAUUGGAAAACUUCCGAAAGAAAAUGGACGUAAGAAAAGAGUAUCUGAAAUUACAAUCAACAAAAAAGUAA